UUCACUCACCACCAAAAGAGAAAAAGAAAGAAAGUGAAAGGGUAUCAAGAAAAGAGGCAAAGGACAAAAAGAUUAUAAAAAUAUGUGUGAAAAUUCUUUGAUGACACGGUAAAGCAAACAAAAUACUCACCAAAGCUCGAAGAAAAAAAGGGCCAGGAAGAGCUGACGCCAUAUAUUAUUUGGGUAAAAACCCAAAUUCCAAAGAGAGAAAACGCGUAACCUGAGAAAUCCAGAGGUCAAGUGAGUGUUGUUCAAUCCAAAAGAUUUUUGUUUGCUUUCGAUUCAUCUGAUUCUUCAGCUACAGUAGGUCACUACUCUUUCUUGAAAACCCCAUACAAUUCACAGAAUUUUUUAUUUUUUUGUAAAAAAGGUUGAAAUAUUGAAAUGGAUCGUCAAGAAUUUGAUUUAUAGAAAAACUGCUUGGACUUCUCAUAUAAAGCUGCUUCUCCCCUGAAUUAACUUGGGUGAUUGUGAAGAGGAGGAGAAUUUUUCAUUCUGGUGAACUCAUACUUGCACUGCUUAAGACUUUUGCAUCCCAUGUUUUCUAUACUUAUCACUCAGUCAGUGGACUUAGAUGGCCAUUUCCUCAAUAGGGCUACACCGGAAAAGCCAAACUAACCAGUUUCAAUUAUUAAUGGAGCAAGCAGAUAACCGUAGCAACAAUGAGCAUGUUAUUGACAUAACUAGUAGCAAUGAUGCAUCCUCAUCGAGCAACCCCCAUGAUAGACCAGUCAAUAAUGUGCUUCAUGAUCAAGUUGAACAUCCCCCAUCAACAAGCACAACAGUGCCUGUCUCCCAACAUGCAUUUUCUUCUGCUAAUAGAUCCAACUUGAGGAACUCAUCAUUUGCUCGAAGAGGAAAUGGGCGCCGCCAUCGGAGUCCUCUGAAUUCCGUGCUCUGGAUAUCCAUCGAACUAGUCUUGACAUUGAGCCAAAUAAUUGCAGCAAUUGCAGUGUUGGCCAUAUCAAGGGAUGAGCACCCACGUGCUCCACUAUCACAAUGGAUAGUUGGUUAUGCAUCUGGGUGUGUAGCAAUCCUCCCUCUUCUCUAUUGGCGGUUUCAUCACAGAAACCAAAAUUCAGAUCAGGAUUCAUCUCAGCAGUCACAGAUUUCUUCCCAGGCUGAACUCGCCGCCAGGCCUUCCUCAAGUACAAGGAGUUCAGAAGGCGAAGGUCGUCAGACAACUGCUACAGCUUCGACAGGUGGUCAAAGUAGUGAAUUGCUGAGCAGAAGGCUAAAGGCACUUGUUGAGUACUUCAAAAUGGCAUUAGAUUGUUUUUUUGCAGUCUGGUUUGUGGUUGGCAAUGUAUGGAUAUUUGGCGGACACUCCUCUUCCUCUGAGGCUCCUAACUUGUACAGGUUGUGUAUAGUAUUUCUGACCUUUAGCUGUAUCGGGUAUGCCAUGCCAUUUAUUUUAUGUGCAACAAUCUGCUGCUGCCUCCCCUGCAUUAUUUCAGUCAUGGGCUUCCGAGAAGAUCUGACUCAAAACAAAGGCGCCACACCAGAAUCAAUUAAUGCUCUUCCGACCUAUAAAUUUAAGGUAAAGAAAAACAAAAGUGGCAACAAAGAGGCUGCUGAAGGUGGGGUUGUGGCUGCAGGAACAGACAAGGAGCGUGUGAUUUCAGGAGAAGAUGCGGCAUGUUGCAUUUGCUUGGCAAAGUAUGUGAACAACGAUGAGCUGAGGGAGUUGCCCUGUUCUCAUUUCUUCCACAAGGACUGUGUGGAUAAGUGGCUGAAAAUCAACAACUCAUGUCCCCUUUGCAAAGCUGAGGUUGGUGAGACCCUUUUGAGCUCUCUUACUGAAGCAACUGCAAAUUUGCGUCAGAGUUCGGCGUUUUAAGUUGCCACCCUGUCCACAUGCUAGUAUAGACUAUAGAGACACUUUUUAAAGGAAUAGUAGUUGCCUUCAUAUAUAUUUCAUUUUCUUCCAUCACUCUUCUGAUUUUCUUUUGGGCUAAAAGUUGUUAGCUUGCUAGAUUUAUACAAUUUCUGUUGCAAAACAUGUGAGGUGAUAAGAUUGCUCAGUCAGUUAGUAGAAAACGAGCUAUCUGUGGCGUCUUUUCCACGGUGGCAUUGAUGUGAAAAUUUGGUGCGCGAUGCCAAUAAUUAACCA